AUGACUUAUAAAAUCCAGGUUAUUUUCUUCGUUAAAGGAUGGAAUGAGCUAACAAGGACUUUGUUUGUUGCUACAGAUUCUGAUGAAUGUAGCAAUGGAACUCAUAGAUGUGAGCAGAUCUGCAUUGAGCGUAAUAAGUUUGAAGAUAUUCGAGGCUAUGAAUGUGAUUGUACACCGGGAUUUAUGUUGAAUCCAGAUGGAGAAAGUUGCACAGGAACACAGCUGUUUGACUAUGGAGAAAAUUUUGGAGAUCUGAAACUACAUGGAGAAGCCCGUGACUUUAAUUCCCCUAUCAUUAACGUUUCACAGGGCUUUCCCUUUGGUGAUGCAUUUUACUACAGAUUAUACGUGUAUGACUUCCAAGUUAGAAAGGAUACUCAUAGUCGAACUUUACAGAGUGAGCUUAAAAAGCAAGUCAAUGAGUACUAUGGGUCUGCAGAGGAAAUCUCAAACUUCACACCCAAAUGGGCACUCAAGAUCACCUGGGAAAACGUGCUUCCCUACAACGGAUAUCAAAAUAUAGACCUUGAAGGAACCAACACAUACCAGGCUGUUCUGUUAACUGACGGGAUAUUUUCAUUCUGUUUAAUUCAAUUUAAAGAAGGUGGAAUGAACUGGAAAUAUGAUACAAUACCCUAUUAUAGAAAUUAUGCCCUCAUGGGAUAUUACAGUGCCUCCUUGCAGUCGUAUCUGGACUCAAGCAAGCUUCAAGCCUUUAAUGACCCUCACACCAGAUUUAACGUACCUCCUGAAAAGAUUUACCGCCCUGAUAUGUACCCUGGAUUUCAAACGGAAAUGGAAGUUGACCCAUAUCACAGCUGCUGCAGAGAUUCUGGUGACGAUUAUUAUUGUGCUCUCUACCGAGAAAGGAGACCCUUGGACUUCUGCGCAGGGUAUAUUCCACCACAGAUAGGUUUCUUCUUUGGAGACCCUCAUGUCGUGACGCUGGAUGGAGUACAAUACACGUUUAAUGGACUGGGUGAAUUCAUCCUAUUAAAUGUGAGAGAUGAAAAUGAUGCACUGACGUUCAGCUUACAGGGACGAACCAUCAGAGCUGGAGAAAAUAAAACAUCACAGGCAACAGUCUUUGUAACAUUGGCAGCACAAGGACCCACUGGAACAAAGGUUCAGUGGAAUCUCAUUGAAGAUGAUGAACUAAGUCUAAUGAUUAAUGGAAGGACCGUCAAUGUUACAGAAAAUUCUGACAUUAUAAAUAAAGUAGCUGUUCAUAAAACAACUAAGAAUGAGACGGUGGCUACUUUUCAGGAUGGAAUAUCCAUUACAGUUUCAGCAAAAAUGGGAGCUUUGUCUUUCACAACUUCAUUAGAUAAUUCUUCGAAAGAAAAAACAGAAGGUCUCUUGGGUGUCUGGAAUGAUAAUAAGACAGAUGAUUUCAAAGCUGCUAAUGGAACAUACCUCAAGUUUGAUGGAACAAAUCUGCUCAAUGAAAGAGUUAUAUUCUUAAAUUUUGGCCUGACAUGGAAAACAACUGUGAAUAACAGUGUAUUUACAUACAAAGCGGCUAUAGGAGAGUCUUGGUACACUUAUAACAACAACAGUUUUAUUCCCAAGUUUUACGAUGAACUUCUACAAACCUCUGAUAAAGACAAAAUCGACAAAGCUAAUGAAACGUGCCAAGGAAACGAUAACUGCAUCUUUGAUGUUCUCAGUACAAAUGAUUUAUCUUUUGGCACAGCAACAUUGCAAAGCAUGAAUUCGUUUGCAGCACAGAACAGCACAAUGAAGAAUUUUCCACCGAACAUCACUGGAACUUCAAGAGUUCAAACUCGCCUUAAUGAACCAGUGCACACUCUUUUUACUGCAACUGAUGCCAACAAUGAUGCUGUGACAUUUUCAGUGCUGACGGACUCUCCAGAUAUCAGAAUAACAGGUAAGCUUUAA